CUCGUCUGCCUCCACAUCACACACAACACAUUAUAAAACAUGACGGACGUGAUGCUGUGGGAACUGCUUCAGCCGCCGCCAUCGCCGCUCACGAUGCUGCCCACCACACCUCCACCCCCUCCUUCCUUCGUCGACCUAUCGUAUUGGUGCGCGGCGGUGGCUCCGCUAUCCCCUUCAACCGAUGGCUACGACGACCUGGACCAGUGUUUUCCAACGUUUGGAGCUCCAGACGUGGCCGACGCCGCGCCAAAGUGCGGGUACCGGACAGGCAAAUGCGACUUGAGGCGGGGACUCAAACGCAACGGAACGUACCACAAGCUGUGUGAUGUGCACCGCGAGAAGGCCAACUGGAACCAAAAGAAGCUAGACCGGAAGAAGCGGCAGCGCAAGGACUUGGGGCAUAUCCCGGCCAAAGAAGUAGGUGGCGACGGGGGUGGUCGCAACGCGUUUGUGGAGACGUUGACCUCAUCCCAACAUGCCACGUGGGCGGCUGAAGAGCUCGCGUUCUUUUGCCACGUCAUGACUCCGCCGCCGUCACCGGUUGAAUGGCCGAAAGAAACCAACGACGACGACGACGCGGCGCUGGACCUGCUAUUCAAGGCAGAAGUGAUGGUGCUCGUCGAUCGGUGGGCUCCCAGUUGAUUGUGUCGAUGGGACAGAUAAUGGUUGUUAUUUAUGUGGAGGUUUGUUGUGGUUUUACCGAAACGUGUGGUUCUAAAGUACUGUGAACGUUUAUGCUAGUAUUGUUUAUACUUGUUUACAGUAGUCGUUGAGUCAUUUCAAACGACUAAUAAAGUUAGGGAGCGUCUGGUAACAUUUCAAAAAUACGAUUCCAUUUUCUGGCAAAAUGGGAAAAACAAAAA